ACGUGACGGUGGAGCGGUGACGCUGCCGUGCCCCGGAGCUGACACUCGGUGCGGGGCGGGCGGGCGCGGGGGCCGCGGUUGGCGGGGGGAGCCGGAGCAGCAGCAGCAGCCGCCGCCGCCGCACCGGUGCGGGGCCCGGACGAGACAGCUCUGAUUGUUAACAGGAUAGUAACACUCUGGAACAGAAUGUGGCUUACCUUUUGCCUGAAGAGGUGAAAUCUUUACAGAUAGAAAUGGCUGAUAAAGGUGGGAAGAUCCUUCCAGGCCAAUUGUACAUCGAAGUGGAGUAUGAUUACGAGUAUGAGGCCAAGGACAAGAAAAUUGUAAUUAAGCAAGGGGAGAAAUACAUAUUGGUGAAAAAGACUAAUGAUGAUUGGUGGCAAGUCAAAAGAGAUGAAAAUUCCAAACCCUUUUAUGUGCCAGCACAGUAUGUGAAAGAAAUACCCCGGAAAGCACUGAUGCCACCUGUGAAGCAGGCAAGCAUGCUGCCAAAUAAUGCUUUGAAGUUGACGCAUGGAUUACAGAGAUCAACAGAAAAUGUGAAUAAGUCACCAGAGCUUUCUAGUUUUGGAAAAUCUUCUCCAGUUCAAGUGUCUUGCUUAGUUCGAGAUGCCAAUCAAAAUCUGGGACUGAACAAUAGCCCCAGUCAAACUCUUGGUUUUAGUCUGGACUUUACCCAAAACAAUGGAAAACUUAACAAUGAUUUGCAAUCUCCCAAGGUUUCCAAUCAGUAUAGAACCAUCUCUAUGGGUCAUUUCCCAUGUCCAGAGUUCUUGGAAAUAGAGAAGACCAGCUUCUUGCAUGAACAAUCUUGUGAUUCAGCAGGAGAAGGCUCAGAAAAAAUUCACCAAGAUUCAGAGUCUGGAGAUGAACUCAGUAGUAGCUCCACAGAACAAGUGCAGCCAACUACUCCACCAAGCCAAGGGAGGCCUGAUUCACCAGUUUAUGCUAAUUUACAAGAAUUGAAAAUAUCUCAGUCUGCACUUCCACCACUACCUACAAGUGCUCCGGUUCAAAUAAAUGGGGAAUGGGAAACGCAUAAGGAUACGACAGGACGCUGUUAUUACUACAACAGAGGAUCACAGGAACGAACCUGGAAACCUCCACGGUGGGCCCGAGAUGCCAGCAUUAAUAAAGGGGAUUCCCAGAGCCAUGCAGAUCAUGAGCAUCUUUCAUCAGAAGAAAACGACCACAGUUCUUGUUACAGCCAGUCAGAUAGUCAGUAUGGUUCUCCUCCAAAGGGUUGGUCAGAAGAGUUGGAUGAACAUGGUCAAACCUUAUAUACCAAUGACUAUACUAAUGAAAAGUGGCUUAAACAUGCAGAUGAACAAGGUAGACCAUACUACUACAGUGCUGAUGGUUCCAGAUCAGAAUGGGAAUUACCUAAGUAUAAUGCUUCACCACAGCAACAGAGAGAUAUAAUAAAGAGUAGGAGUCUGGACAGGAGGCUACAAGAACCAAUAGUUUUAACAAAGUGGAGGCACAGCACAAUUGUUUUGGACACCAAUGACAAGGAAUCAACUGCUUCUAAGUCCAGUUUUUCUGAGAAUGAGUCCUCCCCUUCUUCACCAAAGCAUCAAGCCACAGGUCAGGAGAAGUAUGGGUUAUUGAAUGUAACAAAAAUGACAGACAAUGGCAAGAAAGUCAGGAAGAACUGGAUGUCAUCGUGGGCAGUGUUACAGGGUUCAUCCUUGCUGUUUACUAAAACCCAAGGAAGUGGAACUGGCUGGAAGUUUGGUGUCAAUCAGUCUAAGCCAGAAUUUACAGUGGAUCUCAAAGGGGCAUUGAUUGACUGGGCCUCAAAGGACAAAUCCAGCAAAAAGAAUGUUAUUGAGCUAAAAACCCGCCAAGGAACUGAGCUCUUAAUUCAAUCCGAUAAUGACAGCUUUAUUAAUGAAUGGUAUAAGGUUCUUAACUAUACCAUCAACAAUCAGGUAGUAGAGUCUGAUGAAGCAUUAGAAGAUGAAAUACCAGAUUCCCCUGGGGUGGAAAAACAAGACAAAGAAAAAGAGAAGGAGAAUAAAGACUCUAAGAAACUUCGUUCUGUGAAAGCACCCAGCAAUGUAGAUUCCACAGAUCAGAAAAAGACUAAAACAAAGCUGAAGAAGUUUCUUACACGGCGCCCUACAUUACAAGCUGUCCGUGAAAAAGGCUACAUUAAGGAUCAAGUGUUCGGUUCCAACCUCACCAGCUUGUGUCAAAGAGAAAACAGCACGGUGCCCAAGUUUGUGAAACUCUGCAUUGAGCAUGUUGAGGAACAUGGACUAGAUAUUGAUGGCUUAUACAGAGUUAGUGGCAAUCUUGCAGUGAUACAGAAGCUAAGAUUUGCUGUCAAUCAUGAUGAGAAACUGGACUUGAAUGACAGUAAAUGGGAAGAUAUACAUGUCAUCACAGGAGCUCUAAAGAUGUUUUUCAGAGAAUUGCCAGAGCCACUGUUUACUUAUAAUCACUUCAAUGACUUUGUCAAUGCAAUCAAACAAGAACCAAGGCAGCGUGUCCAUGCUGUUAAAGAUUUAAUCAAACAGUUGCCAAAACCAAAUCAGGACACUAUGCAGGUACUCUUUAGACACCUGAAGAGAGUUGUAGAAAAUGGAGAGAAGAACCGAAUGACCUAUCAAAGCGUAGCAAUAGUUUUUGGUCCAACAUUAUUAAAACCAGAGAAAGAGACUGGUAACAUAGCUGUCCAUACAGUAUACCAGAAUCAGAUUGUAGAAUUAAUUCUACUGGAAUUGAAUUCCAUCUUUGGACGCUGACGUUUUUCUUGGAGUAGAAACUAAAAGUGAUGGGUUGGCAGCAGUUCUCCCAUCAGAAGAAAAAUCCCUCACUGUACAUGGUGUAUUAUGUUUGUGGACCAAGCAGCAACUUGUUUUUUUGCACUUUUGGGGGGAGGAGAAACAGGAGAAAUGUUUGACCACUGUAAUGCAAAUUAAAGACAACACUUUAGAUUUCUUCAAAAAGCUCAAUGUAAAAAGUUAAUUGAAAAGUUUAUAAUUUGCCUUUUUUAAAGUAGCAUUGGAAAAAUGUAAUAUAGGUUCAUACACUGGAUUUCUUGGAGAGUAAAGCUAUUAAUCUCAAACUGGAUAAUCUGUAAUUUAAUCUUAAAAUUCUUCCACUUGAUAGGGAGAAGUCCUAUCAAAUGGUACGGAAAAUUCAGUGAAGUUGCAUAUUAAGCCUGUAUAUUACAACCUACUCAGAUCUGUAUGACACUUUUCCAAGGGGUUUCUGCAUGCAGUGACUGUCUUAAUCUUGUACUAACAGUUCAGUUGAGUUAUUCAAAUGUAAUUUCUCUGGUCCUUUUUGCCUCCUUUUUCUUCUAGCUUUCUUUCCUUCUUUCUGCGCCUCCCCUUCCCCCCUCCCCCCCUUUUUUUUUUCUUUUUUUCCCUUUUUUCCCCCCAGCAACCUCUCUGGAACUACUUUGCUGCUUUAUACAACAGCACACUAUUUGAAACAUUGAACUUGUAAGAAUAUCCAGCAAUGGAUGUUUGUCUUGUGACAUAAUAGAAGUAAUAUUUAAUAAUCAUGUUCAUUUAUUCAGGGUAUUUCCUGAGCUAAGUUUUUGUGUUAUACUGAUUUAAAGCUACAAUCCUAAGUAAAUACCAACUGUAACACUGUAUUGAGUUUUUGUUAUAAUGCUGUCCUAGUGGAAGUUUCUUGAUGUAAAUACAGGCUGUCCUUUUGAUUCUUGUAUAUAAUUCAGUUCCUGUAUAGUUGUAAGAACACUUUAGUCAUACAUUUCUAAUCAUGGGUAGAUUAAUGACAGUAGCAUAAUGUUUCCAGUGGAUGUCUGAGUUUCAGCUGGGAAACAGGUUAUGGGGCUGGGGGAGGGGGGAACCUAACUGUGUGCACUUUUAGAUGUUAAUUACAUUUGCGGGCAAAUAACUGUAAUGCAAAUGGUACUGGAGAAAUACUGAGUGUGCUUGCUAAAUUGUUAAUGCACUACAAGAGGAGCCUUUUAGGUUAUUUAAUAUGUACAGGAUACAUUACAAACAUGUAUUAUGAAUUCUAACAUCUACAAAUAGUGAAACUCAUUUUUUUGAUAGAUAGAUGUUUGAUGGAAUCCAUGAUGCUAAAAUUAAGAUUUUCUUUUUACAUUAAUGUAGAAUAAUUUGUAAAAUUGGUUUUGAAAGAUUUUGUUACAGGGAGCAUGGUCUGCUGAAGACUUUUUUUAAAUGUAUUUUUCUAGACUAACUGCUGUAUCUGACAUACUUGUUAUGUCUAACAUGAAUAAAGUAAACCAUUAGUUCUUUUA